CCUCAAUCAAACAAAUAAACGAGGGGGAGUCGCCAAUUUUUCUCACAUUUUCUCGAGAAAAAGACAAGCGAUUCCAAGGAGAGAAAAUACCUGCUGAAAAUGAGAGAAAUCCUUCAUAUUCAAGGAGGCCAGUGCGGAAACCAGAUCGGUGCUAAGUUCUGGGAAGUCAUCUGCGGCGAGCACGGCAUCGACCACACCGGCCAAUACUGCGGCGACUCAGAUCUACAGCUUGAGAGGAUCAAUGUCUAUUACAACGAAGCCAGCGGUGGCAAGUACGUUCCACGCGCCGUCCUCAUGGAUCUGGAGCCUGGAACCAUGGACUCUCUCAGAUCCGGGCCGUUCGGUCAGAUUUUCCGGCCGGAUAAUUUCGUCUUUGGGCAGUCUGGUGCCGGGAAUAACUGGGCGAAAGGUCAUUACACGGAGGGAGCUGAGUUGAUUGAUUCUGUGCUUGACGUUGUGAGGAAGGAAGCUGAGAACUGCGACUGUCUUCAAGGUUUUCAAGUUUGUCAUUCUUUGGGAGGAGGAACUGGCUCAGGCAUGGGAACUCUUCUCAUUUCAAAGAUCAGAGAGGAGUAUCCAGAUCGUAUGAUGAUGACCUUUUCGGUUUUCCCUUCACCUAAGGUCUCGGACACUGUGGUUGAGCCAUACAACGCUACACUAUCCGUGCACCAGCUUGUUGAGAAUGCUGAUGAAUGUAUGGUUUUGGAUAACGAAGCUCUCUACGAUAUCUGUUUCCGCACCUUGAAGCUUGCUAAUCCUACAUUUGGUGACCUAAACCACCUCAUCUCAGCUACCAUGAGUGGUGUCACAUGCUGUCUCCGGUUCCCUGGUCAACUAAACUCCGACCUUAGAAAACUCGCUGUCAAUCUUAUCCCUUUCCCAAGACUCCACUUCUUCAUGGUUGGUUUUGCACCAUUGACAUCAAGAGGAUCUCAACAAUACAGUGCCUUGAGUGUCCCUGAGCUAACGCAACAGAUGUGGGAUGCGAAGAACAUGAUGUGCGCAGCUGAUCCUCGCCAUGGCCGUUACUUGACAGCUUCUGCUGUGUUCCGUGGAAAGAUGAGCACCAAAGAGGUCGAUGAACAGAUGAUGAAUGUCCAGAACAAAAACUCAUCAUACUUUGUUGAAUGGAUUCCAAACAACGUGAAAUCAAGCGUCUGUGAUAUUGCUCCCACGGGUUUAAAAAUGGCAGCGACCUUCAUAGGAAACUCGACUUCGAUCCAGGAAAUGUUCAGGCGUGUGAGUGAACAGUUCACUGCCAUGUUCAGGAGAAAAGCUUUCCUUCAUUGGUACACAGGAGAAGGAAUGGACGAGAUGGAAUUUACUGAAGCUGAGAGUAACAUGAAUGAUCUCGUUGCAGAGUAUCAGCAAUAUCAGGAUGCAACAGUGGGUGAAGAGGAGUAUGAGGAGGACGAAGAAGAAGAAGAAGCUUAAGAAAAUAUGAUUUGAUUACUACUUUUGUAAGGCUUCACACAAGAUGUAAGUCGUCGCACUCAUUUCUUUUAUCUCUUCUUUUAUGUUUUGUUCCUUGAAUUGAAUUCCCUCUCUUUUUGUGCUGUGUGUUUUGUUAUUGAAUAAUUUUCCAAAAAAAAACUAAGAUUUGUUCUCGAGUGUAAUCAAAUAUAUGCCUUAUGCUU